AUGCCCGACAUGUACGCCAUCCAGCCUUGCGCAAAAGCGAGCUCACAAUCCGAGAAGAAUGACUCGGCUCUACAAUAUAAUACACAAACGACGUAUUUCCGCGGACGCAAACUUCGAGGUCGGCGCAUCGCCCUCCCUGAUGGCUAUCAAGGUGUAGUCGCAACACACACAGACCGUGUGUUACCUGCAGCUCAACCGGCAGACAGUGAUGGCGCUGAGGAUGCAGAGGCUGAACCCGAGGAACCAGUGAAGGUUAUGGAGAUUCAGAGGACCUUUGAUGAGUUUGUAGUAUGGGGGCAUGAGGCUCUUCCUGCGGCAGAUGACACUUUUGUCAAGGGAGUGGAGGAGUGGCUGCAAUUUGCGGACGCGAUGCAUACAACCCCAACAUCAGGGAAGACUGGAAAGGAGUCUGCUACUGCCUGA